UGUUCAGUUAGUGUAAUAACAUUCCGCACGGCUGAGCCAAAAUGGCGCCUUUUUCCAGCACUCAGUCGCUUUGAAUAAAUAUGGAGCUCCCAGAGCCCAUCAGGAAGCGUUUGGGAGACUUUUCUCGGACUGUGUUCAUAACUCAAAGUCGUACAGAAGAUCGUUUUAAGUCAUUAGGGCACAACGAUGACGUUAUAUCCUGUCUCCCGCUUCAGAUGUCUCUCUACUUCAACGCCUACUACUUUCCUCUGUGGUGGGUCAGUGAAGUUGUCGUUUUACACCUCAAGUAUCCAGCUCUACCGGAUUAUUACAAGUUCAUACUCAUUACUGUCCUCAUUCUGAUGACACUUAUAGAGGCUAUCAGGCUUUAUCUGGGCUAUGCUGGGAAUCUGCAGGAGAAGGUCCCAGAACUAGCUGGAUUCUGGCUCCUAACUCUUCUUCUUCAGUUCCCACUGACCUUGUUCCAGCUUUUCAAUGAAGCCAUCCUUAUUCAGCCUCUAGAGAGAGGAGUUCACAUUGUGCUGGCCCUCUUCCUACUAAUAGAAUCUGUCACAGGGUUUGUGGCAUUGCGUAUGAUGGUCAGGCACUCGGAGAGUCACUUCCACCUCAGACAGUUUGAUGGAUUCCAGGAGCUUAGACCCCAAUCGUGCCUUACCCACUCCUAAUCAGAUGGAUACAACAUGAGCAGCAUUCACUCUGUCUUUCAAUGUUGAAGAUGUGUGUUAACUGAGGAUGUACAAUGGUUGUUGGAGGAAGAUUAUUCGAUUUAUAUGUUAUCAUAUGUUUUGACUUUUUAUUGAAACAAUUGAAGGAAAUAAAAUUUUAGUAAAUAAUG